AACAUGCCUCGCCACUAUAUAUAGGGCGUUCAUGCAUGUUGUUGGGACAUCACAAGUCUUCGUUUUCUCUCGAGUCAGUGACAAGACUGUUCGGAGAGCCCUUCACGUGUAGAUUGUCACUCUCACCUGCGAUUGUCAGUCACAGCUGAAAGGCGCAGCCGGCCGACGCGACUCUUUAUUCCCAUUGGCUGUUAAGACUUUGACCGGAUCGUAGCGUCGCGCGUUAUCGGUGUCCUAUUGGAGAGAAACGCAACCGCAAUCCAGCCACAAGCGCAACUCGGAGCCGAAGUUGCGAAGUUCGCUGCUUAGAUCGCGCGUUUGGAAAUAAACGCGUAGAAAUAGAUUGCGCGAAAACAGCGCGCGCGCCUCAACCGACUGACGCACGGUGCUGUGCAGAGCCACAAGAGGGUCAUGUCUGAUAACAGCACCGGCAGCACCGGCUCCUCCAGUAACAGCUGGACUCUGCUCUCCCCGGAGGAGGUUGCCGCUGACCCUGCCGCCCCCGUGGAUGAUGGGACAGAAAGUCUUGGAGAUGCGCCCAGUCUUUCAGAAGAGUUGGCAGGGAGUUCUUUGGAGGUGAGGUCACUUGAUCCUGAGACUUCAGUGGUGGAGACGAUCUUGUCAGAGGAGGGUCACCAGGUCAGUGCAUCAACACCGAUUUGCCAGGAGACAUCCCCAGAAUGCUUUGAAGAGAUGGCCGCAUCUGGCCAGGCUGAACUCGAUCCAGAGAUCCACGCUCCUGUCAUCCACGACACCAUCACCAGUUCUCCUCCCGACAGCGACCUUCUGGGUGCCGUGCCGUUCAGCAUCGCUACAGAAUCGGCCUUCCGGUUUUCAGAGGAGUCGGCCCUAGAUGAACCCACUGAAGAGGACGUCAUCGAUGUCUUCCCCAGCCAGCACGUCCCCGUUCAAGAAAGCCCCAUCCCUGAACUAGAGCACAAAAUCACCUCCACCCCUGAACCGUUUAGAGAAAUAAGCCCCUCCCACGAUGUCUAUGAAGCUACAGACAUAAGCCCCGCCCCUGAUUCUUCUGAAAUCCCUGUGGUUGAUAUCCAAGCUGAUGUUCAUCCUGCUCCUGAAGCCCCGCCUCUAGCUUCACCCUGUGAGGACGAUACAGGUUUUGGCUCUAUGGUAGAAAGCCCCGCCCCUGACAGUCCUUAUCCGGAAACAAUUGGAUCGGUGGAAACCGAGGAGGAGGAGCCUACAUUUGAGCUCCCAGAGAAAGUCCCAGAUCUGGUCAGAGAACCAGAAGAAAUAUCAGUGGGCGGCUCAACAGAAGGGGAUGGUCUAAGGCUCCGACAGGUGCAGCCAACCAUAGUGCUGAAGCGAAGCUCUGAUGAUGAAGACGAAGAAGAGGAGGAGUUUAAUCUCCCAGAGAGGAAGGAGGAGAAACAAGGCUUCUCCUUGAAUCAGCUGAUAGUUGGAGUGCUUGUGCUGCUCUGCAUCGGCUCUUUCUUUCUCACGGGUUCGGUGGUUGACCAGUAUGGUGAGGAUUUCGACGGUUCCGAACUAAGUGACCAGGAGCUACUGGAUAAACUCGCCCAAGAGAAUAAACAAAUUAACAUAUUGGAGGCCCAGAUAGAGUCACAGAAAGUUGAGUUGGACAAAGCUUUGAAAAUGGUCGCAGCGAAGCACAGUACAGAGAAAGGUGCUCUGGAGAACGAAAACAUUCGGUUAAAGGAGCAGAUCUCUGGACUUCCAGGUUUAAAAGACGAACUUCAGAUGCUCAGAGAUCGAGUCGCUGAACUCACCCAAAUCACAGUUAAAGAAGAUCACCAACAGCAAACCCCGAGCACUGAACCACCUUCCAACGGCGAGUCCGAUCCAGCAGAAACUGAAAAACCCUGGGAUAAGAAAGAAGAACUCAAGAGACAGAAAUUUCUGUUGGAGGAGAGCAGGAUGAGGUUGGACGGCAUGAAGAAGCAAGGCUGGAACAAACAGGAUUUGAGGGAGAGCCUGGUGGAGAUGCAGAAGCGGCUCUCCAAACAGGUGGACCAACUGGGCAAGAGAGAAGAUUGGAAGAGGAAACACCAAGAGCACAAAGGCGAAAAGAAAGAAUGGGACAAAAAGAAAGAAGAACAAAACAAUUGGAAGAAAGCAGAAGCUGAAAAAGCGAGGGAACGCAAACAUGGCAAGAACAAACCCAACGGUGACAACAAAGGCAAAGAGCAUUUCAAGAAGUAUAAAGAGGAGUGGGACCACAAGAAGAACGAGAGAAGAUUGGAGAGAGAGAGUAGACAGAAAGAUAAACCUUGGCAGGACAAACCGUCCAAGCAUCAUCAUCACCACCAUCAUCACCAUUAUGAGCAGGUAGACUUUUGGAAACACCAGGAAGAGAAGCUCAGCAGGACCCGGCAUCCAGUUGAGGGCUGCAACGGCGUAGACAACUGUGCAUACGCAGAAGGCAUUGUUCCUGUCAAGCUGGUCGAGUUUCACAACCUUCUCGAGGUCUACCUAAGUAAACUGGAGGGGGUUCCCGAAGAAAGCAAGGUGGCUCUCCGUCGACUCUCUUCUCAGUUCUUCAGCGGUGGCGUUUUCAACCACGACAGGAUGCUUUUCGGCGAGUUCGCUGAGGACGUCGCGGACAUCUUGGAAGAUUUGGCAGACGGUCUGGAAGAUGGGCCGGAUGACAAUGAUUCACUGGAGGAGCAGAUGGAAGAUUUUGAGAAGGACGCACUGUUGAAGUUCGCAACCCUUGCGGCAUAAUGUUGAUCGUGCUCGAUACAAAACUCUAAAGAAGGAAAACUAUGUAUGUUUGGGAAACAGUCUUAGGCUCUGUAGACUGUAGAUGUACUUUCACACCUUGUUUGUAAAGCGUUUCAAUAUUGAGUUUUGUCAUUAGUGACGUCCCACUUGUGCUUUGGGUGUUUUGCUGUAAGCUACCUCUGUCUUGUUCUUCAACGCCACAUCUUUGGCUCUUCCUCGCUGUGUAAAGUGUCACCUUCAGCUUUGCUUUGCAAACACAUGGAUCAAUCACGUAAUAGUGAACAAGGUUAACGCUAAACAGGGUGCGUGCAAUAAAGCUCGCUGGUCCCCUUCUUUAAAAUACAACUUAAAAAAAUUAUUUUACUUAGAAAAGUGAUUUUCUUUUAGCUCUCUAUAUUUUUGGCUCUCAGUUUGUAAGAGCCGAAAAUAUUUUAUUUAAUUACCGGUUUGCCCGUGGUUUCGCUUGCUCAGCUGGUAUCAAGCUGGUUUGGUAUAUGCCUCUCUUUAGAGGUCAUUGUGAGCUUUCUACCCCACGUUCUUCACUCUUAAUGUAAAUGACUAAUGUUCAAAACUAAUGAGGUUUUUUUCUAAAUAGAAGUUUGAAAUGUUUGCUUAUGUGCCUUUAUUAGUGAACACAGAAUGGUGGUACUGAAAUAAUGGGUCCGCUCAUGUCUCAACACCACACUUAAUGAAAGUGGAGAAAUAAUGGAUUUAUUUGCACUGUUUUGAUGUAGACGUAACUCUUCACUUUGGAUAUCAGCCAUUGUAAUGAAUCAUUGAGAUUUGAUUUGAUUAUAGCUGUGUUUUUGUUGCAAUCUCUGGAAUGAAUUCCUUUGAAUUUUGGCUUUUCUCGUUCGAUUUGUAAAUAUGAAGAAAAUGUUUAUUUGAUGGAACACGCAAUUUAAAGUAAAGGUGAUCAUAUGGCACAAUGUCCUUUGAUAUUUGAUUUGAAGAACGAUGUAAAAUUACUUUAAUAGAGUUUCAAAUAAGUAAAAAAAGACCAAAUGUCACAGUUUAUCAAUGUGUGCAUUUUUUGAUCAAAAAUAAAAAAAGUGGGAUGAAAUGUA